AGGUGUCGCUGUGGAAUAACUGAGUCCGUCUGAAUCCGUUUGAAGAGGUGCCGCCGCUCUUUGAUUGGAGGAAGUGAAUCCAUCAACAAAGAAAGAUGGCCGAAGUCAUAGAGCUCCAGAAACUCAAGCUUGCUGAGCUGAGGCAGGAGUGUGAGGCCCGAGGUCUGGAGACCAAGGGGAACAAAGGAGAGCUCAUCGCCCGGCUUCAGGCGUAUCUUGAAGAGCACGAAGAAGACGUGGACGUCGAUGAUGUGCUGGCAGAGGACACAGAGGACUUCACAAAAGUCGAGGGUGCCAACAACGUGAAAGUCAUCAAGGACCCUGCGUCGACUGAGAACGAGCCACCUGCUGAGAAGAAAGUGGUGAAAAUUUCGCCUCCAUCAUCCUCUGGGGAGAUCUCACCUCUCGUUGAUCAGAAGCUACAGAAGAGAGCCGAACGUUUCAACAUGCCCGCGACUGCUGAAAGCAAAAAGGCGAUGCGUGCUGCACGGUUUGGUGCAACUGAAGUGACUUCCAGCGCCCCUUCAGGUCCCAUCACCAACAGUAAAGCCCCUGUAAACGUUGAUCAGCUGAAGAAGAGGGCAGAACGGUUUGGCAUGAGCGUCUCAUCCGUUUCACAGAAGAUUGAGGAAGACGAGAAGCUGAAAAAGAGGAAGGAGAGGUUUGGAGCCGCAGCAGCAGCUGCAGGUUCAGUCGGAACACCUGAAACUGAGGCGAAGAAGGUGAAGCGCGCUGAGCGAUUUGGAAUUGUUUGAUCGAUGUUCCAGAGUUGUUUCGUUCUCUUUGUUUUUUUUGUAAAGCAUUUUAAUGGCUGCACAACAGAUACUCCCGAAGACGACAUGUGUCACUAAUUUCUACUAAUUUCUGUAAAUCAAAAGUACAAUUGUUUAGAGAGAGAGGAGCAGACGGGUGUGUUCGAUCAUUUAAACAGAUUUGGGAAACAAGUCAAGCUUUUUUUAGUUCCUGAUAUAAAUUAGAUUCUUUCGUUGUAAUCAUUUAAAGGAGGGGUGUUUUCUCAAUCCUUGUUAGCCUUCAAGCAUGAUAAUUUUACUUCCUUUACAUUUUCUUGUUCUUUCUUUAACAAACAAACAGAAGCACUGCUGUUUUUCUUUUUCCCAAAACUGCACCGUAGCCCAGUUUUGGGUCUUUCUGAAGCUUUGAGUUCACUUUGGUUCGUCAGCUCCUUCAGAGGAAAAGCUUCUCAACUCUUAUCUUACUCAUUAAAUAAAAUCUGUGUAAUUUUGAGGUAAAAUGGAAAACCAAAUAUCCAAAUGAUCCUGAAUCAACAAGGAGAACUUGAGUACAGAGUGCUUUUACUGAGGAACAGCUGCAACAUCAGUGAUUGAAGCUUUCUUUACUUUGGAUUACAGAUUAUUUGUGCGUGUUUCGUGAGCGUCUCACUCGGAUUAGACUGUUAAAAACAAAUGCAACGUUUAUCAGAAACCAGUGAAGCGCUCUCUCGUGUUAAGGAGAGAUCAUUGUUUAUGUCAUUCUGCUUGCACUGAUCCAAACCAGCAUCGUAAAAUGUAAUCAUCUCAAACAAACCGUGAGUAAAGCUAGAAAAUAAUUGUCCAAGGAAUCAGAAAAGUUUGUACUAAAAUAUCACAAGGGCUACGAAAUCAACAGGAUCAGAGGAAGUAUAAUUAUGGGAAUAAAGUGCAAGAGACAUGUUUUAUUUCAGUGUCUCAGUUCUGAUUAUAUGACUUCUUUUUUUUUCUUCCUGUAUUCCAUUUAAAUGGUUCGGCUCACUUCCAUGUCUGUAAUUGUACUGUUGAUUUGUCAGAUGGUCUGUUCAUCUCUUUGUAGGUCUCACUGCUUCAGUUUUCUGUCCAUUUUAUAACCUUUUGUGAUUUAAAAUAAAUGGUUUUCAAUUUUUUGAUA